AUGGGUGGGUUUUCUGCUGGGGAUGAAUUUUCACAGGUGGAGAACAUACAGCACUUAACUUGGUUGGAAACCUCGCCUGACUUCACAGAGAUUACUGAGUUUGCUCAGUUCGGUCAUACUGUGCUGAAGAGUCUGCAGGAAGCCCUGGACUCAGAGGACACAGCCAGCUCCAGCUCAGAUGACGAACUGCUAAAGACUGAGACAUUCAGUGAACAUGGACAGAGUGUGGCCUCCCCAUACUUUGAAAAGAGAUGGCUCAAAGAGAGAGCAGAGCUGGGCAGCAGAUGUACGUGGUUAGAGCUGCGUGUUGCGGAGCUGGAUGGGCGGAUACAGCAACUUACUGAACUUCAUAAGAACAUCUACACUGCCAAGGGGAGUGUGGUGCUUGCUUCCCAGCCAAUGACAAACUGCCAGAUGAAGAAUACACUAUUGAGAGAAAUGGUGGGGUUCUCUGAAGAUGACAAUGACCCAUGUAGUCCAGCUCACCUCCUCCACAACAUAGAGCGACAGAGUGCACAGCUCAGCCUUUUCGUCAAUAGUCUCAUGCCACCUCUGAACCUGUCUCCACUUUCAAAGCCUUUGCAGCCCUGGGAAGAUGAGAGAACCCUUGACAGUGAUGUAUUUGUUUCUGGAAGUUCAAAGAGGAAGAUGUUUGGUGUAACGAGGAGACAACUGUUCAAAGAUCACAUGUCCUGUGUCUGUGCUCGCACCCGCCCUCUGGUCACUUAUCACAAGCCUAGACUAUUUAGGCUCAGCUCUGUGUGCAAUAACAACAGCUCCAAGUGUUCCUCCUCUCUGUCUGGUCUCACAUCUUGUUCCUGCUCCCACUGCUCUUCCUCCUGUGAUCCGGUGCUGCUGUCUUCUGAUAUGGACAAUAAUUCCAAUGACACGCUGUCGUCCAGGGCAUGUACUUCUAAUAGUGGAGACUCCUCUGUGUUCACAAAGGCGCCUGCAAGAGAAGAAUGGUCUCAAAUACCUCUAGUUAUAAAUGCUCUUCCGUUGAGUCCAGUACAUUAUAGAAGACACAGCUCAAUGCCAUUGUACGAAAAUAAGAAAUAUAAACAACAUACACAACACUAUAAAAAGAGAGUGUUGGGACUGUCACCCAUCAGACAACAUGGUUCUUUAAAAAUAAAACACAAUAGAGUCCAGCAGAGGAAAAGGAAAAGACAACGCAGGCACAGUGUCACUGAAGAUGUUGACUCAUGUUUGGAGGACAGCUUAGAUGAGAUAUUUGGGGAAAAUUAUGUUUUGGAUUCACUAAAGCAGAGCUCAAGGGGAGCUGUGCACAGACGUUAUGGAGAAAGUGUGUUUAAUAUCAACAACAUUGUUAUUCCAGCUUGCUUACCCAAAGUGGAAAAGCUUCAGUACAAAGAUAUUCUUACUCCAAGUUGGCAGGUGGUUGACAUUAAGACUUUAAUGAAAAAUGAAGACUAUGAGAAAGACAAAGAUGAACAGAUGGAGACACUCACUGAUGAAGUCUUUGCUCAGAGACAUUUGCCUUUUGAACAAAAAGAGAAACUACGUCGGUGUUUUUGGGGAAAGAGACGCUGCAGGCAUUCCUCAAGAUCUGGCAGCAGGCUGUCCAGCUGUGGUGCUGUUUUGGAGGAAAACUCUGCGCUGUGGAGCUUUACUCAGCUGGAUACUGACGAACAGCUGAGCACAAAGGAAUGUCUGCCUCAAGCACCCUGGGAGCGCCGAGUGUUUCCCCUGACUGAAGCCGAUGAACAGACCCUUUCAUCUGAAGUCCGACAGUGGUGCAGCACUUGUACCCUCUCCUCACUGACAAGCCUCAACUCUGAUCUUAUUGUGUCUCAAUCAACAGAUACAAUAUCUCCCUCUUAUGGACACUACAUGAACUGCACAAACAAUGAGCACUAUAGUGCCUUUGAAAAUAUUUUUUUAUCCCUCAAAGUUUAAAUUGUUAUUUAACAAUUUAGAUCUCAGGACUACAUUUUAAUAGUUUCACUAAUAGUUUUCCUUUAGGAAUUUAUAACCAGCAUUUUUUUCCCCCUUAGUACAAAGGCUCAAACUUCUAGUAAAUAACAAAACAGAGACUCAGAAGUUUUAGAACUGCAAUGUGUGUGUUGCCCUACUGUAAUGGUUCCAUUUUACUUAACAACCUUUUGCUUUUAGUGUUUGUGUGAAUAUUUAUCCAUUUUAGUUGUCGUAUUCUGUUUGUCCUAUAGCUUUGUAUGAUGAUUGUGAUUGCUUGUCUGUAAAUGUAAAUCACUUUAUUGCUGUUAUCCAAGUUAACAACAAUAAUGGGAUUCUGAGAUCAUCAACAAUAGACCAAGAAAUAGUGUUGAAAGGAACUGAAACACAGUACUUUUGCAGCCAUCUUGCACUUUAAUGUUUACAGUACAAUACUGUACAAUAUUUGAAAUAUUUAGUAGACUACUGUCUGUAUUGACCAGCACAGUGUCACUCUCGGGUAUGUAAUAUAUUGUAUCUGUGAAAUUUAUUUGAUGCUUGUCCUCAAAAUGUGUGAAACCUUUUUAAACAGUUAACUAAUCUUAUUUACUGGGAAAAAGCACUGUUGUGAUUAUCGUCUCUGAGACAAAAAACACCAAAUAUAAUAAACUGGAAAACAAAACCAUGACUAAGUAUAAAAUAC